AGUGUUAAUUACCAAAGGACUCUAAUUAAUGUCACUAGAAAAGCACCUGGACGGUGGUGUUUUGUAGGUAACUGUUGGUUUGGAAGAUGGUGGUCUUGUGGAAAUGUGUUGUGAUUGCGCUUUGCUUUAUACCGUUUGCUGCACCGCAGGAAGGUAAUGUGGGUUACACGUGGGCUGUGAGUACAGCCUGCGGUGUGGACUCGGUGGCUGUGAGGGUGUUGUUGGAUUACUCUCGACCGGCGUUGCCUCUGGACCCGAGUGGUCUCCUGCUGGGAACGUGCCCUCCAUCCAGCAGCAGCGCCGGUAAUAACAUGGUGGUGUUCCAGUACGGCCUGCUGGACUGCCGCUUUAUGCGCAUGGUUACUGCCAAUGUUACCAGUUACAUGAAUGUGCUGACCUACAAGCCCACCCAGAGAGGCUUCUACCAGACUCAAUUCAAUCAGGCUAUUGUGUGCACCUAUCCCAAACCUGCUGGCUGGACUCCUCCAGUGUAUAACCCUGCACUUGGGGAUGCCUAUGGGUUUGGGAAGCUGGAGUUCACCAUGGGGAUUAUGAAUGAUGACUUCUCAGCCCCACGCACCUCCAGUCUGUUCUUCCUGGGGUCCCCCAUCAACAUCGCAGCUGCAGUGAAGCAGCAAUUCCACAUGCCGCUGAUGGUCUACAUGGAAGAGUGUGUCGCUGCCAGCACUCCAGAGCUGAGCCCUUCAAGCCAGACCUACCCGCUCAUCACCAACCAUGGAUGCUUUGUAGAUGGCCAGGCUGGCAACUCCAGGUUUCUGCCCCGAGUCCAGACCUCUGAGAUCCGUCUGGUUGUCCAGGCCUUCAGGUUUACACAACUGAAUACAGAUGUGUAUAUCCAUUGCCGCUUGCUGGCCUGGGACCCUGCCCAGCUCAAUGACCCCACCAAGAAAGCCUGUUCAUUCAACCAGAGAACCAGGAGCUGGGAGCUCCUGGAUAACCCUGGCCGGAGCUCUGUGUGCAGCUGCUGUACCUCCAACUGCAAUCUGAGGAAGAGGAGGGACACGGCUGAAGAGGGGCUGAGACAUGCUGUAGUGCUGGGACCACUGAGGAUCCUUCCUGAAGAGCUGUCUGCUGGAAGCCAGGAAUUCUACCAGAGGAGCCCUGCUCUGUCACUGGAGGAGCCCCAGCAGGCUCUGGCCUGGCUGCCUGUCCUGGCUGCUCCCCUGCUCCUGAUGGCUCUCCUGGGAGCCCUGUCUCUGGGCUACUACAUGUGCGUGUGGCGUCAUCCCAGACUCUGCUCCAAGUCCAGCAGUGAGCUCCUCGUUCCUGUCCCCGUUGAUGAAAUGCACACAGCAGUUGGCACGGUUUCCAGCAGCUUGCUAGCAAGGCAAUUCUGAUUCUUAUGUUGCGAAAUAAAAUGUCUUCAUAGA